AUGGAGAUGAAGAUGCUUCGAUGGUCCAUGGGGCUGAAACAAUGUGACCACGUAAAAAAUACAGAAUUCCGGCAAAGGUUUGGUGUCGCGCCGAUCGCCGACAAAGUGAGGGAAGUCCGUCUCCGCUGGUACGACCACGUCAAGAGAAAGCAAGACAACUCAGUCGCAAAAACAGCGCUCCACAUCAACCCAGGAGGAACAAGACCACCAGGAAGACCGGCAAAGCGAUGGACUGACAACGUCAGGGGAGACAUGCACGAUGUUGGCUUAAGACCAGAAGAUGUCAACGACAGGGAGAAAUGGAGGAGGUGUAACAAAACAGAAGACCCCGCAAGUCGGGAUUAA